UUAGAUAUAACAGAGCUCUGCUUAUUUGGGUUUACACGCAACUCAACAAGAUGUCGAAGUGUUGGUCACGUUUGCUUCUCGCCGCGUCGUGGAUGUGUUUACAAACGGCAACAUUGUCAGAUGGCAAUAAACCUAGAAUUGAAUGUCCUCCACCACAAGUGAAAUACAUCACCAUGAAUACCGAUACCAUCGUCGAAAUUUUCGAUAAAAGUAACGUCAACGUAUCAGAUAACAGUAGGCUUGGUUCAAGUGUGAUGUUUGAUCCUCCAUCAAUAGUUCUAGACCGAACAUCUAUCAACCAUGUACAACAGAUCGAGGCAACAACUACAGAUGCUUCUGGAAACAACAACACCUGCCGAUUUGAGUAUUUAAUAAAAGCUGCCCCCUGUUCUCCUCUGUCCUUGGAGACUCCUCUGCACGGCUCGAAGUCUUGUGCUGCUAAGUUUGGCGGAUCUGGAUUCACGUGCAGUAUAUCAUGUGAUACAGGAUACGUGUUCUAUGACCUGUCAACCUCAAAGACAUCCAUCAGCACGCUACAUCUUCCGUGUGAUACUGGAGUGCCUUGGUCCGUGAACAUACCAGCGUGUGCCGAUGCCAGUAAGUAAACUGUCAAACGAUGAUGAUGUUAAUGACUUCGACAUAUAGAUCGCACGAUAUAGUGGCUGCAGGAAGUGACGUUUUCAGCCAGUUGUUAUAAAAUAAUGAUUUUUUGUUUAAUGAUAUAAACAAAUACAAUACGAGACCAAUGCAAGACAUUUAUUUUUAAAAAUGCAUGUCAUUUUAUAAUUGGAGCUCUCCACUGGAAUAGCUGCACCUUUCUGCUGUAUUAAAGAGAAUGUCCUAAAUGUGCUGCCAUUCUAAUGCAUUUUUGACCCACAGAAAAUUUGUAAUAACAUAUGAAAUGCAUUUUCUUGUUUAUAGUAUCCGUGUCGGUAUGUACAAGAUGUUUCUGAU